UUCUGCCAGCCUUUUUGAACUCUGGUUCUUUUCCCUUGGUCGCCUCGCUCCCAUUUCCCUACCCUGUGCUCUCUCAAUUCCUCGUCCUUUAUCCUCAGCCACCCGGCUUUUCCCCUCUUCUUUUCACCCACGAUUCCUUCUUGACUUAAGAUGACUUGUCUUCCUUACCCUCGUCCAUGUCAACUCUGAAACCCGAAAACGACCCUUUAUCUUUUUGCCUCGUGGCAUAUCAAAGACUGCAAUCCUUAAAAAGUCUUCAGCGGCAAAGGAACGGGACGCGGGACCUUCUCUCCAGACACCCUCGAGCCCAGAACCAAGCUGCACCAGCCACCAUAACUACUAUUUAGCCCCACUGGAAAGGAGGCAGAGAGGCACCGGAGCAAACUUCAGCGGUUUCAGAGGAUCCGUGGUUCCCGAAUUCACAGGAGCCGCGUGCCAGAAGGCGAAAGACCCGGUGGGGAACGAGGAGGAGACGCGCGCCUCCCUCGCCCCCUCCGCGAGGUCUGAGCCGUGGACUGAGUGGCGCGGGACAGCAGCGCCGGAGGCGGCUGGGGAAGAUGCGGGGCUCAGGGCCCCCGGGUGCGGGACGCCGGAGGCCCUCGAGCGGCGGCGGCAGCGGCGACCCACCCUGCACUUCUGCGUCUUUGGCCGGUUGCUACUCCGCGCCCCGCAGGGCCCCCCUCUGGACGUGCCUUCUUCUGUGCGCAGCUCUCCGGACCCUCCUGGCCAGCCCCAGCAAUGAAGUGAAUUUGUUGGAUUCACGUACUGUCAUGGGGGACCUGGGAUGGAUUGCUUUUCCAAAAAAUGGGUGGGAAGAGAUUGGUGAAGUUGAUGAGAAUUAUGCCCCUAUCCACACAUACCAAGUAUGCAAAGUUAUGGAACAGAAUCAGAAUAACUGGCUUUUGACCAGUUGGAUAUCCAAUGAAGGUGCUUCCAGAAUUUUCAUAGAACUCAAGUUUACCCUGCGGGAUUGCAAUAGCCUUCCUGGAGGACUGGGGACCUGUAAGGAAACUUUUAACAUGUAUUAUUUUGAGUCAGAUGAUGAGAAUGGGAGAAAUAUCAAGGAAAACCAGUACAUCAAAAUUGAUACCAUUGCUGCUGAUGAAAGCUUCACAGAACUUGAUCUCGGUGACCGUGUCAUGAAACUGAAUACAGAGGUCAGAGAUGUUGGACCUCUCAGCAAGAAAGGAUUUUAUCUCGCUUUUCAAGAUGUGGGUGCUUGCAUUGCUUUGGUUUCUGUGCGUGUAUACUACAAAAAAUGCCCUUCUGUGGUACGGCACUUGGCUGUCUUCCCUGACACAAUCACUGGAGCUGAUUCUUCACAACUGCUCGAAGUGUCAGGCUCCUGUGUCAACCAUUCUGUGACAGAUGAACCACCCAAAAUGCACUGCAGUGCUGAAGGGGAGUGGCUGGUGCCCAUUGGGAAAUGCAUGUGCAAGGCAGGAUAUGAAGAGAAAAAUGGCACCUGUCAAGUGUGCAGACCUGGGUUCUUCAAAGCCUCACCUCACAGCCAGAGCUGCAGCAAAUGUCCACCUCACAGUUAUACCCAUGAGGAAGCUUCAACCUCUUGUGUCUGUGAAAAGGAUUAUUUCAGGAGGGAGUCUGAUCCACCCACAAUGGCAUGCACAAGACCCCCCUCCGCUCCUCGGAAUGCCAUCUCAAAUGUUAAUGAAACUAGUGUCUUUCUGGAAUGGAUUCCUCCUGCUGACACUGGUGGAAGGAAAGAUGUGUCAUAUUAUAUUGCAUGCAAGAAGUGCAACUCCCAUGCAGGUGUGUGUGAGGAGUGUGGCGGUCAUGUCAGGUACCUCCCCCAGCAAAUCGGCCUGAAAAACACCUCUGUCAUGAUGGUGGAUCUGCUUGCUCAUACAAACUAUACCUUUGAGAUUGAGGCAGUGAAUGGAGUGUCCGACUUGAGCCCAGGAGCCCGGCAGUAUGUGUCUGUAAAUGUAACCACAAAUCAAGCAGCCCCCUCUCCAGUCACCAAUGUGAAAAAGGGGAAGAUUUCAAAGAACAGCAUCUCUCUGUCUUGGCAAGAGCCUGAUCGCCCCAAUGGAAUCAUCUUGGAGUAUGAAAUCAAAUAUUUUGAAAAGGACCAAGAGACCAGCUAUACAAUUAUCAAAUCGAAAGAGACAACUAUAACUGCAGAGGGCUUGAAGCCAGCGUCGGUGUAUGUCUUCCAAAUUCGAGCACGCACAGCAGCAGGCUAUGGUGUCUUCAGUCGAAGAUUUGAGUUUGAAACCACCCCAGUGUCAGUUGCAGCAUCCAGCGAUCAAAGCCAGAUUCCUAUAAUUGCUGUGUCUGUGACAGUGGGAGUCAUUUUGUUGGCAGUGGUUAUCGGCUUCCUCCUCAGUGGAAGUUGCUGCGAAUGUGGCUGUGGGAGGGCUUCUUCCCUGUGCGCUGUUGCCCAUUCAAGCCUAAUAUGGCGGUGUGGUUACAGCAAAGCAAAACAAGAUCCUGAAGAGGAAAAGAUGCAUUUUCAUAAUGGGCACAUUAAACUGCCAGGUGUAAGAACCUACAUUGAUCCACAUACUUAUGAAGAUCCCAAUCAAGCUGUCCAUGAAUUUGCCAAAGAAAUAGAAGCAUCAUGCAUCACAAUUGAAAGAGUUAUUGGAGCAGGUGAAUUUGGUGAAGUUUGUAGUGGACGUUUGAAACUUCCAGGAAAAAGAGAAUUACCUGUGGCGAUCAAAACCCUCAAAGUAGGCUACACUGAAAAGCAACGUAGAGAUUUCCUGGGGGAAGCAAGCAUCAUGGGGCAGUUUGAUCAUCCCAACAUCAUCCACUUAGAAGGUGUUGUGACUAAAAGUAAACCAGUGAUGAUAGUGACAGAGUACAUGGAAAAUGGCUCUCUAGAUACAUUUUUAAAGAAAAAUGAUGGGCAAUUCACCGUGAUUCAGCUUGUUGGCAUGCUGAGAGGCAUUGCUGCAGGAAUGAAGUAUCUUUCUGACAUGGGCUACGUGCAUAGAGACCUUGCUGCCAGAAACAUCUUAAUCAACAGUAACCUUGUGUGCAAAGUGUCUGACUUUGGACUUUCCAGAGUACUGGAAGAUGAUCCUGAGGCAGCUUACACCACGAGGGGAGGCAAAAUUCCAAUCAGAUGGACUGCCCCAGAAGCUAUAGCUUUCCGAAAAUUUACCUCUGCCAGUGAUGUCUGGAGCUAUGGAAUUGUGAUGUGGGAGGUCGUGUCAUAUGGAGAGAGACCCUACUGGGAAAUGACUAAUCAGGAUGUGAUUAAAGCAGUAGAGGAAGGCUACCGACUGCCAAGCCCUAUGGAUUGUUCUGCUGCUCUCUACCAAUUAAUGUUGGAUUGCUGGCAGAAAGACCGAAAUAGCAGGCCCAAAUUUGAUGAAAUUGUCAACAUGUUGGACAAGCUGAUACGUAACCCAAGUAGUCUGAAGACACUGGUUAAUGCAUCAAGCAGAGUAUCUAACUUAUUGGCAGAACAUGGUCCACUGGGAUCUGGGGCCUACAGAUCAGUAGGUGAAUGGCUAGAAGCAAUCAAAAUGGGUCGAUAUACAGAGAUUUUCAUGGAAAAUGGAUACAGUUCAAUGGACGCUGUGGCUCAGGUGACCUUGGAGGAUUUAAGACGGCUUGGAGUGACUCUUGUCGGUCACCAGAAGAAGAUCAUGAACAGCCUUCAAGAAAUGAAGGUGCAGCUGGUAAAUGGGAUGGUGCCAUUGUAACUUCAUUUUAAUGUCACUUCGUCAAGUGAAUGAAUCUGCACUUUGUAACUAGCCCUGAGAUUUUUUUUUUUUAACAAAUAAGGGGGAAAAGGGAAAACUCAGUAAUUUCUAAUCUUUAGAAAAGCAUUUGUUUCAACCACAGAAUUUGUAAACAGUGUUUUACUAAAAUCUCUUAUCUUUCUCUCAGUGUCUUCAUUUUCCAGGAAGCAAAUAUAAACUGCAUGGAAUAAGAACAUGAGUUUAACCACUACCUUAUGUUGCAACAAUAAAAUCCUUCCUACCACUUCACAAAAUUUUAUACAUGAAGAAUAUAAUUAUGUAUAGCACCUUUAUAGACUGAAUUAAGGCAGCCCCUUUCAAUACUUCUAAGAAUCUACUUGAAAGGAAAAGUUUUAUAGCCAUUUAUGGGCUAAUCUAAGCUGCAAUUUACUGAAGUUUACUUCACGUCUUACUUGUCUAUAUAAGUGUAUUGAAGAGCAAUAUCAUUAGAUGAUUUCUUAAACUUAAUAGAUAUCUUCUUUUGUAAUUUUAAAAUGCUGUUACACAGCAUUAACUUAUAGAAACUAGUGUAUAAAUAUGUUGCUUGAUAAGAACAAGUAAAAUACAGGGUGUAUAAUUACUUUUCUGUGUUACAAAAUUUACUUUUACUUGCUCUUCUAGAAACUGUUAAGUAAUAAGUGUGUACAUACUGUAUAAUUUGCUACAUAACCCAGGAAUCAAUUUAAUUUGGAGUUGUGUGUAUAUGUGUGUAUGUUGGCACAUGUGUGCAUUAUCGCUCUGCUUGCAUUUUUAGUAGCAUUUUAAUUUUAUCAACAUACAGGAACAAAUGUUCCAGAGUAUAGUAUGAAUAAGAGAAAAAAGUAAAACAAAAUUGAGCACAAGCUUGUGUAUUUUUUCCUCUCCUAUGUCCAAAAGCUACUAAAUCUCUUUAUACACUAACAGGAAAUGUCUAUAAGAUUAAAUCCCCUUUGGCUUUUCAAAAACACAUUGUGAUAUGGGUGACAAUGCAGUUCUUCUAGUCAUUAAUCUUGCACCCCUGUAAGAAAUUUCACCUUUUUGAUUCCCAGAAAAUAUCCUGUCAAGGAAAGUUGACACCGAAGGGCACAGUUUCAGCAGGAUAUAGAAGGAUUUAACUGUGCAGGCUUCUGUUAAUGUCGUUAAAUCCAAGCACAUAGCACUAAGCAUUACUCUUAAGUUUUAAUCCUGUGUAACCAUUUCCCCUGUGGCUCAGCUCUAGAAAUUUUGAUAUUACAGCAGCAAUGGAAUGAUGGAUAUAUAUAU